CUCUCUCUCCUGAAAGAUCAACCCCAAAGACUGCCAGCCAGAAAGACUUUUCACAGGGCCCUAUCCAUCUUUCCAACUCUCUCUCUCUCUCUCUCUCUCUCUCUCUGCACAACCCUCUCCUUGUCUCGUCCUCAAAGUUUUGUCAAUUCUCACUAAAAACCUUUCUCCAAAAAAGCCCUUCACCUUUUGAUUCCCUUUCUUCAAAACUUCUCCUUGUCUUUCAUUUCCCCAUCAUGCUACACAGCCUAAUCCCUCAAUCUCCCAUCAACUCAAACCCUAACCCCAAUUCCCCCACCUCCCCCAUCCCAAUGAAAGCCGCCGGCGAAUCCUCCGGCGACCACGACGGCGACGCCUCCAAACGCCAUAAAAGUUUCUCCGGCGAGGUUUCAAUUUCCGGCCAGAAAGCGGCGACCAAGGAAUUGGCGAUGAGCGAAGGCGAGAGCGAGUCGUUACGGCUGUUGGGGCUGUUGCUACAGUGCGCCGAGUGCGUGGCGAUGGAUAACCUUGACGAUGCGGCCGGUUUUGUACCGGAGAUAUCGGAGCUGUCGUCGCCGUUUGGAUCGUCGGCGGAGCGAGUGGCGGCGUACUUCGGCGAUGCGUUACAGGCUCGGAUAAUCAGCUCGUGCCUCGGUGCCUACUCCCCAAUCAACAUCAAAACCCUAACCCUGGCUCACAGUCACAAAAUCUUCAAUGCCCUCCAAUCCUACAAUUCAAUUAGUCCGCUAAUCAAGUUCUCUCACUUCACCGCCAACCAAGCCAUCUUCCAAGCCCUCGAUGGUGAGGAUCACGUCCACAUCAUCGACCUCGACAUAAUGCAAGGCCUUCAAUGGCCAGGACUGUUCCACAUUCUAGCUUCCCGCCCUAAAAAAAUCCGAUCGAUUCGAAUCACCGGUGUUGGAUCUUCGAUUGAGCUUCUUGAGUCCACUGGACGUCGACUCGCCGAGUUCGCAAGUUCAUUCGGUCUGCCCUUCGAGUUUCACCCGGUGGAAGGGAAGAUAGGGAACAUAACGGACCUGAGUCAACUCGGGGUGAGAGAGGGAGAUACUAUUGUGGUGCAUUGGAUGCACCACUGUUUGUAUGAUAUAACGGGGAGCGACUACGGGACGUUGAGAUUGUUGACUUUACUAAGGCCCAAAUUGAUCACGACCGUUGAACAAGAUCUGAGUCAUAGCGGGAAUUUUUUAGGGAGGUUUGUUGAGGCGUUGCAUUACUACUCGGCCUUGUUUGAUGCUUUAGGGGACGGAUUGGGUGCGGACAGCGUAGAACGGCAUCAGGUGGAGUAUCAGUUGUUUGGGUGCGAGAUUAGGAAUAUCGUCGCCGUCGGUGGGCCCAAGAGGACGGGUGAGGUGAAGGUGGAGAGGUGUGGGGAUGAGUUGGGUCGGGUCGGGUUUCAACCCGUUUCGUUGGCAGGUAACCCGGCGACCCAGGCUAGUUUGUUGCUUGGGAUGUUCCCUUGGAAAGGGUAUACUUUGGUGGAAGAAAAUGGGUGUUUGAAAUUGGGAUGGAAGGAUUUGUCUUUGUUGACUGCUUCUGCUUGGCAGCCGUCCGAUUAGAUUACUUUAUUGGAUUGGGAUGGGGACCGGUUUGGUGGUGGUGGUAGAGAAUGGGUGGUUGAAGAGAAAGGCUUUUAUUUAUUAUUUCAUUAUUUUUUGUUCAUAUGGUAAGCAUAUUAUGUCAUCUUGUGGAGGCAGUCUUUUUCACUUUGCUGUAAUUCUUUAAUGGAAGAAAAACUUGUAAUUUUGCUCA